CGAGACCUGAGACCCAGGCGGAGGCGGCGGCGGUUGGUCAGGGGCGUGCCGGAUUCGCACAGAUUGAACCGAGAUGUCACCCCGCAGGGAGAAGUGACCAUCCCGCGCCUGGGAGGAAAAGCAAUUUCAUUUCAAUAUAGAUGACCAUGCAACCUGCAACUCAAGUAUGGUUUGGAGAAGACCUGCCUCUAAGUCCACGGAGUCCUCUGACCCCCAGACAUGGGCCAGGUUUGGCUGACGUUUGUCAGUAUGAUGAGUGGAUAGCUGUGAGGCAUGAAGCCACCCUGUUGCCCAUGCAAGAAGAUCUGUCAAUCUGGCUCUCUGGUUUAUUAGGUAUUGAAGUUAAGGCAGAAAGAUUAUUGGAAGAACUUGAUAAUGGAGUACUAUUAUGCCAACUGAUUGAUGUUCUUCAAAGCAUGGUGAAAACUUUCGAGUCUGGAGAACCCAGGACUUUUCCAAUGAGAAAAGUGCCCUGUAAGAAAGAUGCUGCCUCAGGUUCAUUCUUUGCUAGAGAUAAUACUGCGAACUUCCUUUACUGGUGCCGGCACAUUGGGGUUGAUGAGACUUACCUUUUUGAAUCCGAAGGUUUAGUUUUGCACAAAGAUCCAAGACAGGUGUAUCUUUGUCUUCUUGAAAUUGGUCGAAUUGUGUCGAGAUAUGGGGUUGAGCCACCAGUAUUAGUAAAACUUGAGAAAGAAAUCGAACUAGAAGAGACCUUACUUAAUACUUCUGGGCCCGAAGAUUCCAUUAGCAUUCCGAAAUCGUGCUGUCCGCAUGAAGAGCUACAUGAGGCUGUUAAACAUAUUGCUGAAGACCCCCCCUGUAGUUGUUCCCAUCGAUUCUCUAUUGAGUACUUAUCUGAAGGACGGUACCGACUUGGGGAUAAAAUACUCUUUAUAAGAAUGCUUCAUGGAAAACAUGUCAUGGUCCGUGUUGGUGGAGGCUGGGAUACUCUUCAAGGAUUUUUGCUUAAAUAUGAUCCCUGUCGAAUAUUACAAUUUGCUACACUAGAACAAAAAAUUCUAGCCUUUCAAAAAGGAGUUUCCAAUGAAAAUGUACCUGAUUCAUCUGCCAGAACACCUCAGCCUCCUGAAAUGAAUCCUUUGUCAGCUGUUAACAUGUUUCAGAAACAAAAAUCAAAACCUGGCACGCCAGUUGGUAUUCCAAGAAGCAAAGAAAAGCAGGUACGUCCACUGGAUGGGUUGCUGCCAGCAUCUUCCCUGAAAGGAGGGAAUCUGGGCUCUGUGUCAGUCCGUUCCAAAUUGCCAGAUUCUCCAGCAUCAUCUUCUCAUCUUAAGCUCAAAUCUUCAAAAGGCAUCACAAAGAAACCACAGGCUCCUUCAAACAAAGCAGUAGGUAAAAGCAAUUCUUCACCGGCUUCAUCCAGAACCACACCUUGUGACUCUCAGUCGUUGAGAAAACUUAUCUCAUCACAUGAUACUCCUCAGGCCAAUCUUGUUAUGGCCCAGAAGCCCAGAGAUGUGCCUGAGUCUGCACUUGUGCCAAAUAAGUCUUCUGGAAAAACUGAACCAAAGCAUUUGAAACACACUCCGAUAUCUUCCAGGGAUAAUGCAGAGUCUCCUUCAAUGGCACAUUCAGAUUCAGUGUCAAAGCGUUCAAAGCCACCUAAGGCAAAUAUACAUGUAAGGCCUAAACCUUCCCCCUCUCUCCAUUCCCCUGCAAAAAUAACAAAAUCCAGUUCCAAAACUAUACCCACAAGUCUAGGAACACGGUCUCAGCCCUCUGAUAGAGCCCCACAAGCUGGGGCAAUGCCAGCACACAAGCUUAAGUCAGCCUUAAAUUUAAACCAGCCACUGUCCGCAUCCUCCGUUGUACCUACAAAAACUGCACAGGAAUCAAAAGAUAAGAAUAUGGUUUCAGUUGCCAAAAAGCAGCCCCAGAAUAAAAGUCCAUCCCAGAAGACAGGACCCAGCUCCUUGAAGUCCCCUGGCCGUACCCCACUGUCUCUCAUGAGUCUUCCCCAGUCCUCCGUCAAGACACAACCUGUAUCAAAGUCAGCACAGAUGGCCACUAAGAGCCAGUAUUCAGCAAAAGGGCCUCCAAAAAGUGGCAAAGCCCCAGCUGCAACGAGGAAACCACCCUCAUCUGGUAAGGAAGCAGUUAGUGGAGAUAAAAAACCUACCACAAAGAAAAAGGAGGAUGAUGACCAUUAUUUUGUUAUGACUGGAAGUAAGAAACCUAGAAAAUAAAUACAAAUGCAUCCUUUAAGAAAACAGGAAAAGAAGAGAGUGAAAUAUGUUAGCAUCACAUCUUAAAAGUUUCUCCUGUGGGUGUUUGUCCAAAUAGGUUCAGAUAUUAGGCACAGGAAGGUGAGGGUUGGAGGUUGGGGAUGGGUAGAGUGUGCAUCAGAAUUCACAUUUCUGAAUUCACCAGAGGUACCCUUUUGAGGCAGACAGUUGUAAAAUCACCAAAAUGUUCUUAUUAAUAGUAGAUA